GCACCUAUGACUCCACUAAGGUGACGCCAGUGAUACAAUAGAGGAUCCUUCGGAAUACAAUAUUUUUGCUACAUUUUUUGUUAUUUAAUAUAUAUAUAUAUUUUUUUUAAGGAUUAUAUGUUUGAUCAUACAACGUCACUUGUGCUACUGUAUAUUAGCAAAUUGCUGUAAACUGCAAGAAAUGGACCUGGAUGCUUCGGGUAAAGCCUGAGCCGUUGCAGUUGUUGGCCGGACUUCAAGCAGAAGUUGGAUCCUGCCCAGGAAACUGAGUGAAAGACGAGUUUUGUUGGAUUGACCCUGGCUUCUUUUUGCUGUGUUCUACCCUCUCUCUCGCUCUUUUUUUUUUUGUCACUGUGCACGGAAUAAAGCUCGCUUUCUCGUCCGCUGCCAAUGCAGGCUGUGCACUAGACGGAGAUAGGUCUAUUGAGUGAGAGCGUUCCAGCCAUGGCUUCAGUGUUUAUGUGUGGAGUUGAGGACAUGCUGUGCAACGGGAGUCGCUUUGUGUGGAAUCUGACUGUCUCCACAUUGAGAAGAUGGUACACACACAGGGCGCGGACCUGCCAGAUGAUGGUCAGGACAUGGUGCGGGCUAAGGGAGGUGUAUCAGAUGGCAGAAGGCCGACAUUGCAAGGUGCACCUGUUGGACGACCGCAAGUUGGAGCUACUGGUGCAGCCUAAGCUUAUGUCCCGUGAGUUGUUGGACCUGGUGGCCUCACACUUCAAUCUAAAGGAAAAGGAAUAUUUUGGGAUCUCAUUUGUGGAUGACACGGGUCAAUAUGCCUGGCUGCAGUUAGAACAGAGAGUGCUGGACCAUGACCUGCCAAAGAAAUCUGGCCCUGUAACACUGUAUUUUGUUGUAAGGUUUUACAUUGAAAGUAUAACAUUUCUUAAAGAAAUCACAACAGUGGAAUUGUUUUUCCUCAAUGCAAAAGCCUGUGUAUUCAAGGGGCAGAUCGAGGUGGACAGCGAGACCGUCUUCAAGUUGGCUGCGCUUAUUCUGCAGGAGGCUCGAGGAGACUUCAGUAGUGAUGAAAAUGCACGAAAAGAUCUGAAAAUUCUGCCAGCACUGCCCACCAGAACGCUACAGGAGCACCCAUCUCUUACCUAUUGUGAGGAUCGAGUAAUUCAGCAUUGCAAGAAGCUAAAAGGAGUCACCAGAGGACAAGCCAUAGUCCGGUACAUGAAAAUAGUGGAAGCUCUGCCCACAUAUGGUGUUCAUUACUACAAAGUAAAGGACAAGCAAGGAAUUCCCUGGUGGCUGGGAAUUAGCUAUAAGGGAAUUGGACAAUACGAUAUUCAAGAUAAAAUAAAGCCUAGGAAGCUAUUUCAGUGGAAGCAGCUUGAGAAUUUGUACUUUCGAGAAAAGAAAUUUGCAGUAGAAGUUCACGAUCCGCGCAGAAUUUCUGUGUCAAGAAGAACCUUUGGACAGAGCGCUUUUGUAGUUCAGACCUGGUAUGCGAACAAUUCCCUGAUCAAGUCCAUAUGGGUGAUGGCCAUUAGUCAACAUCAAUUUUACCUGGAUAGAAAACAGAGCAAAGCCAAAAUCCCUACCGCCCGCAGCCUGGACGAAAUUGCUAUGGAUCUAACAGACAGCACCACUAGCAGAAUAUCCAAAAUGGUGGACGGCAAAAAUCCAGUCAUCAUGGCCAGCAGUGGCAGCUUAAUCUCCUCAGGUUCCAUUGACUCCGAAGUAAGCGAAGAGCAGAAAGCUGAGAAAAUCCAAGAACUGAAGAAAAAAGAAAAAGACUUACAAGACGUUCUGCUGAAAAAAAUUGAAGAACUCAAGAAGAUAUGUAUGAGAGAGGCAGAACUAACUGGGAAGCUGCCGAAUGAGUACCCACUAAAUCCUGGUGAGAAGCCCCCCAAUGUCCGCAGACGAAUGGGCACUACCUUUAAGCUGGAUAAUAAUAUUCUCCACUGUGAAGAGGAAUCCGACUUGCAAAAUUUGGAGCACAAGUUUCUCGUACAACAACAAAUGGUGGAGGCAACAAAGAAACUUUUGAUGGAGCCUGACCUUGCAAAGAAUGUCAAGAGGAAGAGGAAGCAGGAUUACAGUGAUUCCAUAAAGAGACUGCAGGAUAUAGAGAGUGCCAUCAAUGAAUACAGGAUCAAGAGAGGGAAAGACCCAACCAAGAGGGCCUCUCUUCUCUUUCAAGAUGAUAUCAUCCCAUCAGAAAGCAGCUCUUUGUCGGAUACAACCACAUUUGAUGAUGAUGACUCAAUCUACCUACAAAGGCCGAGUUCCCGUUCCUUGCAGAAUUCUCCCAAGACGCGACUUCCAAAAGACAGAAGCCUUUCCAGAAAAUCUUCCCUCAAUGAACAGCUUUCAGAAAUGCGCCUCAUAGGUCACAGAGAACCUACUUCAACACACAGCAGCCCAUACAAGACUGCCGAGCGGAAGCCCCACGGGGGUAGGAGCAUGCCUUCCACUCCUGUACUGACACGAAACGCCUACAGCAGCAGCCAUCUCCAGAAUGAAGUAAGCCAUAAUGGCAGACAGCGACGGGGCAGCUUAGAAUCCCAUACUCCUCUCAUUGUUGAUUCAGUUGAUGGAAGUACAACCUUCGCCAUCUCAAGCAGUCAAAGGAGCAAUAGCACCGAGGUUCUAGAUGAUGGAUCUUCUUACACCAGUCAGUCUAGUUCGGAGUAUUAUAGCACACCGCCAAAACAAAACUACUGUUACACCACCCAGACACUGGACAAUCGACCUCGGGAUAGGAGGCGUCACAAGAAGCAAAACUUCUCUGCAGCAAACUCGGGGAGUAUGCCGAACCUGGCACAUAAGGAUGCACGGAACAGUGUUUACCAAAUCACCCAGAACCAGCCAUCAUCCAGCUAUUACAUCACUGGAUAUUCUUCCUAUCAUGACGACCCCUAUUACAAUGGAGGUUACAUAUAUGAAAACGAUACAGAGGGACAGUACAGUGUUAACCCCUCAUAUCGAUCAUCCAUGCACUAUGGCUAUGACCACUAUACGAGGUAUGAUUCAGACCAGUAUGUGCCUCUCAACGCAUAUGCAACAUUAAGACUUCCGAAAAAGAAACCUGUAAAGACUACAGAACAAAUUACAAAGAACAUUAACAAGGCCAUUGUGGCUGAGCAUUUAAGGGGAUGGUACCAUCGGGCAUCGUGUAACAAAGAUGCCCCUCAUGGACUGCAGGGAAUGAUUGAAUCUGAGCGGGGUUCACAGAGGAGUCUUUGUUAUGCUUCUAUGCAAGUUCCCUCAUCUCCUAGCAUCCGGGCACCAUCUUGUUCUUCCGUGUCUUCCACAAGCACAGCAGGUAGCCGGUGGGCACACAGCGGCACAUUAGUUUACCCAAACGCCGUACCUCACUCGUCAUACGCUGGAUACUCCACUGCUUACAGCAGCACGCCUCUUCCUAGCAGACCUUUUCACGCUUACACAUCACAAGUAGAUGACCCAGACAUUGUCCCACUAAGUGAUGAACCUCUUCCAAAUGAAGAAGACAUCUUAUGGCACGAAGAUUCCAAGCCAGGCACCUUAGUAUGAAGUGACAGAUUUUCAACACUUUACCCCAUUCUUCACUUAACACCUCAUGUGCCUUGCUCUAAAAGCACCAAUAUUGCAAAAUCUGCCUAAUUGGGUGGAGUAUUGGCACUGGGAUACUGGUAUGAAUACUGUCGGCGAUCUACUGAUUGACAAGGCUCGGUCUACUGGCUUAUAAAACAAGCACUUGGUUUUAUCAAUGAACUUCUAAAAAGCACUUUUUCCGGAUAUAGUUUGACAAGAGCAACUGUGAAGACAACUAGUGGCUAAAAUGAUGUACUGCAGCAAGGAAAACGCAAAAAAAAAUAAUGGAAUGCACACUUUGCAGUCAGUAUUGGACCAUUCAUAUGAAGGAUUUUAACAAGAAUGCAAUACGAUGUCUCUUUAAGCCGCCAUAUUUUUAAUUUUUUUGUCCCAAAUAAAAUCCAAAGCUUCCAAAAAGUUUAUACUGACCCCCAAAAAAUCUGUAUAUAUGAAGAUGUGUAUAUACAUUUUCUUGGCUACUUUUUAUCGGCAUUGUAUGUUUUUUAUAAAUAUAUAUAUAUAUAUAUAUAUACAUUCUCCUGAUAUUUGCUUAUAAAGCUCGAUGAAUGAAUUUCUUAUGGUACAGCUUGGUUUUUAGAAAUGAUCACCAAACCUUUUUUUUUUUUAUAUCUAUAUAUACAUGAAAUGGUUAUAAUCUGCUGGUCAGGUGUCACUAAUAUCUUUAUUAUUAUUUGCAAUGGAACAAUUGUGGAGUAUCCUGUGUGGAAGGUACGGGAGGUCAUCUGCAAGCAUGUCCAGGGCCAGGAAUUAGUCAGAAUGGAGUAUUUUUAAUUAUUAUUCCAUUUCCAUGGAUUAAACCUAGAGCUUAAAAUGAACUGGUUUGGUGAAAUCCUUUAUCUUGGGUCAUUGCUUCAUCAAGAUCCCUUACUUGUAUGCUGACCUCAUCCAUUCACUAGUGACAUCACUGAGUAUUUUUCCAGCCCAUAGAAUGUCUGCCCAAAAUAUCUCUGACCCCAGAAGUAGAAAAAAAAAUGGCUGCAUUUGCAGACAGCAGCCCAGCAUGUAUAAGCUAUUACUGAACCACAUCUGUAGAGGGGAACAGCAAUAGAGGACCAAUGGUCAAAAAAAAGCCCCCAUUGUUGGUAGCGUUUUUUUCCAUCACAUCCCUUCAUUGUUGCACUAGUAGGUAAGAUGGUGACUUGUUUGCUAGUUUAUGGUGGAUACGUUGCCCAUUUCUUCUCAGGGGCCACAUAGCAGCUGCAUCUAUGGACUAGUGUAAGAGCACUGUAUUACUGUGAGCUGUAAUACCAGACAUAGCCCAUGCACAAGAGUGGUGCUGUUUAUUAUAAAAGUAAAAAUGCAAAAAAAUUGCAAAAAAUUCCAGCUCCCAAAAAUAGAUAAAAUCCAAAAUUUAUGAAAUCAAAAUUAAAAUGAGGAGAAAAAGUCCAACCAGCUCACCCCGCCUGGACAACCAGAGCACGGAUCCAGGUGCUGGACGGCACCGAAGCAAAUAGGAAAAAUGUAGAGUAGAAUCCAGCUCUACGUGCAAUAAAACCGUCU